GUAGAAGAUCGCAGUUAGUGAUCGAGCGUCUUAUAAGACGCGGAUCGAACAGUUCUCGGUUUUUCGCCAGUGCUUUAUCAUGCGGAUUAUUAAGCACAUUUCUGCGCUACUAACGUUUGUUUAUGUGUAUAUUGGUUCCGGGUAUGCACAAACUAAUAAUUGCGGGUACAAGAAUUUUCAAUGUCGCAAUGGAGAGUGUAUAGCUGGCGAAUUCUUAUGCGAUGGUAAAGUGAACUGUAGGGAUUCGUCCGACGAGACACAGGUCGAAUGUACGAAACCGGAGAUUUUAUGUCCUGCAUAUGCUUUUCGUUGUAAAUACGGUGCGUGUAUAAAUAGGGACAACGUUUGCAAUGGCAUCCAAGACUGCGUCGACAAUAGCGAUGAAACGCAACCUGGGUGCACGAGAAAUAAUCAAACAUCAGCAAGACCUCUAUGCCAAUAUAAUAAAUUUACAUGCACUGAUGGACAAUGCAUCAGUAAGACUAAUCUGUGCGAUGGAAAUAAAAACUGCGUGGAUGGUUCCGACGAAACAUCAGCACUAUGCGGGUCAUUGAUUUGUCCACCGACAGUUUUCCAAUGCGAUUAUGGAGCUUGUAUCGACGGUGAUCUACGAUGUAACGGAGAAGUUGAUUGCGUCGAUGGAUCAGAUGAAACUCCAAAAUCAUGUGGCAGAGGAUCGUGGUUUUUACGAUCAACGGUGCGACCAACAGCAGAACGAUUACCAGUACAACCUUCAUCAAGUCCUUUUGUUCCAAUAUCUGGCACAAAAACUUGCAAAGCCCCACCGCAACCGCAAAACGGUCAUUGGAAGUUGCAUCGAUCACAAUGUUCAAACACUGAACAGGACUGUGAUCUUUCAGAAGGAAUGAACUUAAGACCAGGCUCUUAUCUUAUUUACUCCUGCAAUCCAGGAUAUAAGAUAAAAGGUUCUAUGGAUGUAAGCUGCAAUAUUGAAGGAAAAUGGCUUAAUAUACCAAGUUGUAUAGAAAUACGCUGUCAAAAGUUAAGUACAACAUCAAUUAAUGCCAAUUGUACAUACAACAGUGAGUGGGUGUCUUGUAAUUCUCCAGUUUUACCUGGAACAAGUGCCAAAUUGUCCUGCCGAGACAGUUAUCAAUAUGAAAGCAAUAUACUUUCAAGUCAAAGAAAUUUUGCGAGAUGUAAUGAGAAUGGUCAAUGGGUACCAGAGCCUAUACGAUGUAUUCCAGCUCCGCUUACAAUAAAUGUUUACCUUAAUGAUACUAAUCUUGCGUUUCAUACCACUUUAGAUAGGAACAAUGCAACAUUUAUUGAAAUUUUGAAUGAUAGAAUCAUUAUAAAUACAAACACUAAAUAUGCAAAUUAUUCAAAUAUGGAGGGUGCCAACAUCAACAAUGAUUUAGCAACAAAAAAGCCGUGGACAUGGUCUUAAAAUUAUGUAAAAUAGUAAUAGAUUAUAAAUAAUUUUAUUUCUAUAGCUGGCAUAUAAUAAAAAAUUAAUUUCAAAAAAAGAAAAAUUAUUUUUUACUCUUAAGCACGUGGAGUUUCGAGGCUAAUAUUUUAGGGAAUUGUAAGAUCUACCGAUAGAAACUUACAAAAAAAGAAAAAAAAAAUUUCAGCCCUAUACCUGCGGAGUCCGAUUGGGCAUGCUUAUCCGGCUACGGCCU